GGAGAGUCAGCGAGACACGGCUGACCAAAAGCACCAAGCAGGGGAGGCUGGGUGGGCAGGGGGGAUCUGUGAGUGUCACAGCUGGUGUCCCCCUCUGUCAGAGCUCUGCCCUUCACCAGGUGCCAGCCGAUCCCUUCGUGUUACUAAUGGGUUGUGAGUUAGUGCUGGUAACUCCCAGAGCUGUCCAGAAGAAUUCCUCAGGCACCGUCAUUCUGUUUUCCUGUGAUUUCUGUCACUUCCAGGUAAAUGGGAGAUUUGGAGACUAGCUUAAUCCAUACACGAAAAACAUGUAGAAUAGAGCAAAUGGUAGCAAAAUGGCUUCAUCGCUCUCGGGACAGCGCAGCCAGGGGCAGCGUGGCGGCGAUGGACAGUGCCGGGGACGGCGCGGCGCAGCCCCCCAGCCGGGCCAAAGUGACCGUCACGGUGUACAAGGACCUCGUGCUGCAGCACUACGGCUUCGAGAUCUGCCCGGGGCUCCCGCUGACCAUCGCCUCGGUCACCGCAGGCAGCACGGCCGACGGCAAGCUGCAGCCGGGUGACCAGCUGCUGAUGAUCAACUCCAGCAAGGUGGACGGACUGUCGGUGGAGCGGGCGGCCAGCCUCAUCAGGGACGCCGGUGACGAGCUGCUCCUGACGGUCCUGCGCUGCACGGCCGGCGGCCCCAAGUCGUCGUUCCUGACCGAGGAGAAGAGGGCGAGGCUGAAGACAAACCCCGUCAAAGUGCGGUUCGCGGAGGAGGUGCUGCUGAACGGGCACUCGCAGGGGAGCUCCCUCCUGUUCAUGCCCAAUGUCCUCAAGGUGUACCUGGAGAACGGACAGACCAAGGCUUUCAGGUUUGAGAGGAGCACCACCGUGAAGGACAUCGUGCUGACGCUGCAGGAGAAGCUGUCCAUCCGCAGCAUCGCCCACUUCGCGCUGGUGCUGGAGGAGCAGUACAACCUGGCCAAGGUGCACCUGCUGCACGAGGAGGAGCUCAUUGCGCAGGUGGUCCAGAAGAGAGACUCUCAUGACUACCGCUGCCUCUUCAGAGUGUGCUUUGUCCCCAGGGACCCCUUGGACCUCCUGCAGGAAGACCCAGUGGCCUUUGAAUAUCUGUACCUGCAGAGCUGCAGCGACGUGCUCCAGGAAAGGUUUGCUGUGGAGAUGAAGUGCAGCGUGGCGUUACGCCUGGCUGCCCUGCACAUCCAGGAGAGGAUCUACGCGUGUGCCCAGCCGCAGAAGGUGUCCCUGAAAUACAUCGAGAGGGACUGGGGAAUCGAGAACUUCAUCUCGCCCACCUUGCUUCGGAACAUGAGAGGGAAGGACAUCAAGAAAGCCAUCAGCUACCACCUGAAGCGGAACCAGGUGCUGCUGGACCCUCGGCAGAAGCACGCGCUGGCAGCAGUCCAGGUGCGCCUGAGCUACCUGCAGAUCCUGGGGGAGCUGAAGAUGUACAGCGGGAAGAUCUUCAAUGCCACCAUGAUGCUGCAGGACAGGGAGUCGUACGUGGCACUGCUGGUGGGCGCCAGGCACGGCGUCAGCCAGAUCAUCAACAGCAAGCUGAACAUCGUCACCAGCCUGGCCGAGUUCCCCAGCAUCAGCAGGGUGGAGCUCAGCGAGGAGUCCGAGCGAGUGAGCACUGUCAAGAUCUACCUGCAGGACCUGAAGGUGCUUACUCUGCUGCUGGAGUCAAACAGUGCAAAGGACCUCGUCUGCCUCAUUGCUGGCUACUACAGACUCUUCGUGGACGCAAACGCCUCCGUAUUUACCUGGGGAGAGAAAAACCAGCAACUGCACCGUGUCUCAGCUGAAGAAGGGUACGAAUCGCGAGCCUGCAGCGACUCCGAGGACUCCUGGGGCCCGGAUUUCUGCUCGGCCGGCGGCGGCGCGGAGGGGCCGGGCGAGCCCCGGGCCGGCGGCGGCGACACCGCCACCGACAGCGCGUCCGAGGCGUCCGACUCGGCCAACACCGACAGCCGCGGCUUCCAGACCAGCGGCUCCAGCGACUCCGUGGAUGCGCUGGAGGAAGCGGGGCUGGAAGGGCGCUCUCCCUCCGGGCCGGCCCUGCCGGGGCCGAGCGGCUCCGCCGGGAGCAGCCCCGGGGCCGGGGCCGGGGCCGGGGCCGGGGCCGGGGCCGGGGCCGGGCCCGCGGGGCUGUCCGAGCCGGGCUGCCCCAGCCCGGAACGCGGCACAGCCCCCUUGGGCCGCGGCUCCGGGGACAGCGAGCUCGUCCUGCGGCCGCCGCCGGGCUUCGGCGACUCCAGCUCCGAGGAGGAGUUCUACGAUGCCGCGGACAGGCUCAGCCCUCCGGAGGCGCGGGCAGGCUAUGAUACAGCAUGCUGGGAGGGCACAGAGAGCUCCUCCUGCAUCCCAAAGAGGCUGAGGUGCUACAGCCUGGGGGAGAAGCCAUCGACGAGGGAGAGGCAGGGGCAGGAGAAGGAGCUGACCUACACCAGGAGCCUGAGGAAGAGAAGGUCUUUCCUGAAAACUGAUUACACCUCACAGGUCAGUUUCCCUGCAGCUCUCCUGGGCUCUCCACAGCGCUGCUGCUCCUGGCCGCCCACUCAGCCCUCGACAGAGGACACAGGGAAGGACACGGAGAUGUGGAUUCCUGCGGGCACCCAGGGGGACGCCGCUGGCACGGACCCCUGCCCUGACCUGCUGGACACGCAGCCUGACACCACGGAGACAAAGUCGGUGAUGGAAUGGCUGGCUUCCUCUGUUUGGGACCUUCACCAUCUUGCUGAGCAGUGUGGGGAGGAGGACAGCAGCCCCCAGCCGCAGCACCCCCCUUUGCUGUCCCUAGAGCCCCUUCCCCGAGCUCCGAGCGGAGCUGCCCAGGAAGGCUCCCCAGGGCACACGGAUCCAGGGUGUCUGAGCGAGGAGAGCCGUGUGCCCGCGGCAGGCUGGCACACCCAGGGGCCACAGGAGGACGGGGCUGAGCUGGUGGCCACCCAGCACGAGGCCAGCCUUGUGCCCUCUGCUGUUGUCUGCCCCUCUGAGGAACUCCUGCUGCUGCCACCGGCCCCUGGCCCCAGCACAGCCCCUCCCCGGGAGCUGGCCCAGGACCGGGGGCUGCUCCCUGAGAGCGUGGAGCCUUCCCUGGCUGCCUGUCAGGAGAGCAAAGCUGAUGGUCAGGGCCGUGCCGAUGGUCAGUGCCCUGCCGAUGGUCAGUGCCCUGCUGAUGGUCACUGCCCUGCCGAUGGUCAGUGCCUUGCCGAUGGUCAGUGCUGUGCUGAUGGUCAGUGCCCUGCUGAUGGUCAGUGCAGUGGCUGUGGUCAAUGCCCUGCCAAUGGUCAGUGCCCUGCCGAUGGUCAGUGCCCUGCUGAUGGUCAGUGCUCUGCUGAUGGUGAGUGCUGUGCCAGCAGCAGCUGCGAGAGGGCCGUGUCCUGGGCCAGUGGGGAGGCCCUGCAGAAGGUGCACCAAGGGCAUGUGGGGUUCCCGGACACAGCCCAGCUCCUGGCAGACGGCAGCAGCGCCUCGGGGGUCCUCACCCGCCUCUCUUGGCUCUCGUUCGGGGUGAGGGCAGCCCCUGUGUCACCCACCCCAGUCCCAGUGUCACACCACCUGCAGGACAGGGUGGAUGACCCACUGGAGCCCCUGGCCAGUCUGGUGACCAGCGGGCGCAGGGGGGCUGAUGCUGGUGGCAGGACAAUGCCAACGUCCCCUGCUGCAGCAGGCUCUGGCGAGGAGCUGGUGGGCAGCUCGGGGCAGGGCGCAGGGCAGCCGGGAGGCGCAGGAAAUGCGGCUCAGCAGGAGCUGCAGCCUGCACAGGCUUCUCUUCCCGGAGAGCAGGCGGCAGGGCUGGGGAGGGAGUCCUGCCCGGCCCGGUCUGCAGCGCUCUCCAUCCCCUCGGUCCCUGUUCCCCUGGGGGAAGGAGCAGGAGUCCGCGGGGCUGCGAGACACCCGUUCCUGUGUCCCAGCCCCGAGGAGGGUGAGCAGAGCCCUGUGCCCCCCUCAGCCGGGCCCUCCCCAGCACCAGGCGAGCUGCACGGCUGCGGCUGCCGCCUGCCCUACAUCAGCUGCUUCCCCCAGCCCCGCAGCCCGGCCGAGCGGGAAGCCAGCCCGCCCCGGUUCCCAGGGCCCCUCACCACCCCUCCGUCCAGCAGCUCCAGCCUUCCCCGGAGCCCCGGGAGAGGCUUCCCAGCCCCCGUGGCCGGGGGCGCGGCAGGGCAGGACCCCCCGCUCCGAGUGCUGGGGCAGCUGAAGCACCAGGCCUGGCUGAGCCCUGCGGACUUCUCCCGCUUCCUGGCCUACACCGCCGAGCUCCAGCAGGUUGUAGGGAAGCUCUGUGGGAACCAGGCAACCCACCUGCACGACCAGUGUGCAGAGCAGGGUGUGGAGAGCAAGGGUGCCCUGGGCUGGGCUUCGCAGGACCUGCUGUCCAGCUGCCAGGCGCUGCGGAGCGCGGAGCAGCCUCUGACAGAGGUGCAGCGUGCUCUGAGAGCGACGUUCGACCGCCUGGUGCAGCUGGCAGUGGCCUGCUUCCAGGUGACACACUGCCGGCGCUGCAGGCAGCGGCAGCAGGAGCUGGGCGCCGCGCUGGGGGACGUGGUGGGCACCUACCAGCAGCUGGUGCGGGCUCUGCACCAGCAGCUCCACGGGCAGGUCUGCCCUGAGCUGGGCGCCGAGCUCCUGGCCCGCCAGCACACGGCCCUGGCAGCUGCCAUCUUCUGCCUGCUGCAGCAGUUCAGGGCGUCCCCGUGGCCGUGACGGGCGGCGUGGGGCACACCAGGGCACUGACGGGGCCAGAGCCCAGAUGUGUGCCCUCCGUCCCCCUCGGGCUCUCCCCCAGGACGGCCAGGGCAGGACGUGCCGUGUUGGCAGCCAUGCCCUGGGUGCUCUUGGAGCACUCUGGUGUGUGUCCUGCAGGGCUCGGCCCUGCCUCCAUGGGCCGUGCAGGUGGUCGGUCUCACCGUGUUCUCUCAGCUGCCUCUGCCACCCUCGGGGAAGAGCGUGAGCCCCUCAGCCUGCUGUCACUCACCCUGCUCUCCAGCAGGCUCCGGACUAAAGGCACUUCAAACCCACCCUGGCCGAAUGUGAAGGACCCCAGGUGGCUUUCUCCACCCUCGUGGCUGAGGGAACACAGUGAUUCCAAGGGAACACAGUGAUUCCACAUUCAGCUGCUUCUCCUCAGCCGGAGAGGGUCGUGCCAGCCGUGCUGGUGUGACCUACCUGCCAGCUCCUGCCCACCCGGCCGUGCCUGCCGAGGAAGGGCAGCAGGGGCAGAGCCCGUCCCGCGCUGCUGAGCCCCAGCCCGGGCACGUCGGGGGUGGCUGCCUGCCCCGGGGAGCUGUGGGGGGCUGCUGGGGCAGCCAGGGCACGGGUGGGCUCCAGCGAUGGCAGCUCCUCUCCCCAGGCACCGUGGGGACAGGCUGUGCCCUGGCUCUGGGACACUCGCUGAAGGGGAUAAUCUGCACGUCCAGCUUGCCAAGAGCCCCGGGGCACAGCAGCAGGCACUGGCCAAACCCUCGAGUGGCUUAACCUCAGGUUAACCCCUGGUUUGGGUUAAACCACGACAGCUGGGUUAAACCCCCACCUGCUCCUGCACACCCCUGUCACACCACCCAGACAGCCCCAGGGCUGUGGAAGGGUUCUGUGAGAGAGGAAUGAAAACACAUAACCAGACUUACCUCAGAUGACCUUCAGGUCCUGCUGCCGCUGGCCAUGAGGUUCCAGGGCUCUUUUGGCAGCAGUGGCUGAGGUAAGGGAUGGGCUCAGCUGCACCCAACACCCGUCCUGCUGCGGCUGUGGCGGUGGCACCGCUCUGCGCGGGCACAGCCCAGCCCAGGUACCUCCCAGCAGGGACACGGGGGUCAGGGACCUGCGCGUGUCAGGUGUGACCAGGUACCCCUCCUCAGUAACUGUAGGGACACAAUGGGGAU